AUGCAUCCUUUCUUCCUGCUCUGUGUGGCAGUGACCGGCUCCAUAGCCUGGGCCCACCCACAUCUCUCUCACUUCUCCUCAGAAAUGAUCAACCAUAUUAACAAAGCCAACACCACCUGGACGGCUGGACAAAACUUUUAUAAUGUUGACAUCAGCUACGUUAAAGGGCUUUGUGGGACCAUCCUGAAAGGACCCAAGCUGCCAGAGGUGGUUCAUAACAUUGAAGGUAUAAACCUUCCAGACAGCUUUGACCCUCGCCAACAGUGGCCCAACUGCCCCACCCUCCAACAGAUUAGGGAUCAGGGCUCCUGUGGAUCUUGCUGGGCUUUCGGGGCAGUGGAAGCAAUAUCUGACAGGCUUUGUAUCCAAAGUGAUGGUAAGGUCUCCCUGGAGAUAUCUGCUGAAGAUCUGCUCACCUGCUGUGAUGAGUGUGGAAUGGGCUGCUUUGGUGGCUUCCCAUCCGCUGCUUGGGAGUUCUGGACAAAAAGUGGACUCGUGACAGGAGGCCUGUAUGACUCCAAAGUUGGUUGCAGACCCUACUCUCUUGCCCCGUGUGAACACCAUGUAAACGGAACUCGUCCUCCAUGUCAGGGCGAAACAGAGACCCCUAAAUGUCUGCAGCAAUGCGCUGAUGGAUAUUCACCAUCAUACCCCAAGGACAAACACUUUGGUCAGCGCUCAUACAGCGUCCCAUCGGCUCAGGAACAGAUCAUGACUGAGCUGUAUAAGUACGGGCCUGUGGAGGCAGCCUUUACCGUCUUUGAGGAUUUUCCACUGUAUAAAUCUGGUGUGUAUCAGCAUGUAACUGGAGGAGUUCUGGGAGGUCAUGCCAUCAAGCUCCUGGGCUGGGGGGAGGAGAAUGGCACCCCCUACUGGCUGGCUGCAAACUCCUGGAACAAUGACUGGGGAGACAAAGGUUUCUUCAAAAUCAGACGUGGAAAUGAUGAAUGUGGGAUUGAAUCUGAGGUGGUCGCAGGAAUCCCCCUCAACUAAUUGAUUUCAAAAUCAUAUAUUUUAGCUUCUUUGUAAGAUUAAAGACCAAAAGCCAUGUGAUCUGCAAAUUCAU